AUGUCUGUUGUUAAUAUUGUCGACGUCAGUGGUCUGACCCGUAGCGGUCGUGUCUUCUCGGCUCCGCCAAAACCCCAAGGUGAUGUCAGAAGGGCCGAUGUUGCUGAUUAUGUUGAACGCCCAGUUGGGACUGCUGUGAAUACUCCGAAUCUAGCACUUGUUGCCAAUAAACCCGCCUCUAUUGUGAGAGCUCCUGUCUCUGUUCUUGCUACGAUUUUAACUUUGUGGUUAGCAGACAAAUCUGGUCGCCGGCUUUUACUUAUUGUUUCUUCAUCUGCAAUGGCUUUGAGUCUUUUGGUUGUUUCAAUAUCAUUCUACUUGAAGGAAUAUAUAUCACCAGAUUCUGAUUUAUAUGCGACAUUGAGCCUCGUAUCGGUGGCUGGAAUUGUGGUCAUGGUUAUUGCAUUCUCUCUGGGAUUAGGAGCAAUGCCAUGGAUUAUAAUGUCUGAGAUUUUUCCGAUUAACAUCAAAGGCCUACCUGGAAGUUUUGCAACACUUGCCAAUUGGUUCUUUUCCUGGUUGGUUACAUUAACAACAAAUUUGCUCUUGGAUUGGAGUUCGGGAGGAACCUUCACAAUAUAUACUGCAGUGUGUGUUUUCACAGCAGGAUUUGUUGCCAUUUGGGUCCCCGAGACAAAGGGAAAAACUCUUGAAGAAAUACAACAGUUUUUUAGAUGA